AACUAUAAAAAGAAUCAAAAGAUAAAAUGAUUUCAAAUCAAGUGGGGGUCUCCCUCACUCCACAAAUUUGAAAAGACCACUCAAAACUCUCCAAACAUACAUCACUAUAAGUGUAUCCAUUUCACUGUGAUCUCUUACUACAUAUAUAUCUCAAUAUCUUGUACAAACCCUUCCAUAUCCCUCCUUCUAACUCUUCCUUCCUCUCGUUCUCAUAAAUCGAGAUUACCCGAGUAAGAAUUUCGAUAGCUUUCAAGCAUUCUCAGUUCCAUCUCCAUGACAGGAGUUUCAGACGCCACUCUGGAUAGGCUCUACAAAAAAUCGACCCAUCGAAGAAAAGACUCCAGUGAACUCGAUGUCUUUGAUGCAACAAUGUACUUUUAUGGAGGCAUUGAAACUAGUAUUGGCAAUGGUGGUUGUGCAAAUAUUACAACCACUACUCGUACUACUUUUCCUCAUAAGACAAUAAGAGAGGAGCUAAAACAAGAUCAAGGAGGAAGAAGGGUGAGCUUAGAUAUGAAUAUAAGCAUGGCUAGGAAUACAAAUACUACACAAUUGCCUAAUCCUACGUUGGAGAAUAGUACUCACAGAGUCAGCUCAAAACAAACCAAAGAGAAGAAAUAUAAACAACCCAUGUCUCCUGGCGGCAGACUUGCUAGCUUUUUGAAUUCUCUUUUCAAUCAAAAUUCUUCGAGGAACAAGAAGAAAUCUCAGUCAGUGAAAGAUUAUCCCAAUGAUCGUCAAGAGGAGACUAGUGUUGAAGGGAUGCGAAGGAGAAGUAGUGUCAGUCAUUUUGGAAGUGUUUGGACGUCAGACUCGAAGUCGCUGCAUUCAUCGUCGAGCUCAGGUUUUCGAACACCACCUCAUACGAAAAAUGCAACGAAAACCCAUCAUAGUACAGAUGUUAGAAGAAAUUCUGAUUACAAACAAGUCGACAGAAAGGUAAUAAACAAUAAUGGUAUUGCUAUGGGUUCGUCGAAAGAUGAAAUGAUGGAAACUGAGAAGACAAAGAAUAUGGAUUUAGCUUGGUUGGAUGAAAAGUUGAAACUCAUUGAUGGAUUAUCAGAGAAUAAUAAUAAUAAAAGGAAUAGUACUGUGAAUCCGUGUAAUGGGUUGUUUAAGAAAGACAAAAUUUGGAUCGACGAUGAAUAUGAUGGAGAGAGUGAUUCAAGUUCUGAUUUGUUUGAGUUACAGAACUAUGAUAUAGGAGGCCUUUACUCAAAUGGUUUACCUGUUUAUGAAACAACAAACAUUGAUAGUAUUAAGAGAGGACCACCAAUUACAAAUUAAUGGUCCUAAUUUUUAACAUAUACUUCUCUGUUUGUGUUUAUUUGUGACUUCCCACUUCUUGUGAUUGAUAAAU